AUGGUAAUAACAAAUAAAAUCAAGUAUGACACCCCAAGGCUGGAAAUAAAUGGUGUUCAAAUUGGACUGGCAAGUAAAAUAAAAAUUCUUGGCCUAACAAUAGAUAACAAAAUGACUUUUGGCGAACAUACAGCAGAGGUGGCAAAAAAGGCAAUAAACAUUUACAAGCAGUUAGCCAAAACAACAAAAGUGAGCUGGGGCUUAAAUUCGGACAUAAUCCGAACGAUUUAUACAGCGGUGGUUGAACCUGUAAUCCUAUACGCAGCAAGCGCUUGGUCCCCAUCCGUUAGUAAAUUAUACAUAAAGAAAAGGUUGGACUCAGUCCAACGAGGCUUUGCGGUAAAAAUAUGUAAAGCCCACAAAACCGCGUCGCUUAAUUCAGUUAGAGUGCUCGCCGAGCUGCUACCCCUUGACCUAAGAGUUGUAGAGGAGGCAACACUUUUUAAAAUUAAAAAAGGACACGACACCUUGGAAGUGCUGAAAGAUGUGGAGAUAGAACUAAAAACGCCCUACCAAAACACUCCACACCCUGCAAAAAUACCCCAAAUUAGUUAUCGAGCUUUAGCAAAUGAAGAGGUGAAUAAUGAAGACAAAAUACACGUCUACACAGAUGGCAGUAAAACAAGCGAGGGCGUGGGUGCGGCGGUGACAUUCUGGAGAAACGAUCGUGAGAUCCUAAAACAUAAAUUAACCUUGGCCGGCUUUUGCAGUGUUUAUCAAGCCGAACUAUUGGCGUUAAACAAAGCAGUGCACUUGGCGGUGCGGCGAAAGGAGGUCGGCUUUAAUAUAUAUAGUGACUCUAGGUCAGCACUUGACGCAGUAUCGCGCAGUCGCUCCCUCAAUCCCCUCGUUACUGAAAUUCGCGAAGAGCUCGGAAAACACCCAGAGAAGGAAAUAAAACUUUUCUGGGUGAAAGCCCACGCGGGCAGGGAGGGAAAUGAGAGAGCGGACGAGCUGGCGAAAGAAGCGACAAGGAACCAUAAGAACAGACCGACCUACGAUCGCUGCCCGCUGUCGCAUUUAAAGCGCCUCAUAAGAGCGGGAACACUGCAAAAGUGGGCUACAAGAUACAAAAAUGAGCCGACAGGGAAAAUCACAAAAAUGUUCCUCCCGGAUGCCAUCGCUGCACACAAGAUCACCAGAAGUAUAAAAUUUAGCAGUGCGCUCACCCAGAUACUUACAGGGCACGGGGGGUUUUCUGCCUAUUUGCAUAGGUUUAAACUAAAAGAGAGCCCGGAGUGCGUAUGCGGACACGCAGAGGAAGACGUCCCACACAUCCUUUUUGACUGCCUCGUCCACCUCUACAAUAGAAUGAAGUUAGAAAAACAAAUAAAUGUAGAAAGAAUAGAUAAAUCGAACAUAGCGUUAGAAAUAGCCAAUAAGGAAAAACGAGACAUUAUAAUAAAAUACUGUAUAGAAGUAGGAAUGUUAGUAAAUAAUAGAAAUAAAUGA